GGACGCGGCGCUUCCGGGUCGCGCGCGGCCCCGCGCCCGUUCCGCCGGCCCCGGACCCGGAAGCGGCUGCGCGGCCCCGCGGCGGCGGCGGCGGCGCCGGUACGUGUGUCCAUGAAACAAGAUGGAGAGAAGAUAGUAGAGUGAGGUGGUGGCCCUGAGGACAGCAUGGCUUUCCUGGACAACCCCACCAUUAUCCUGGCUCACAUCCGGCAGUCGCACGUGACCAGCGAUGACACGGGGAUGUGCGAGAUGGUCCUGAUCGACCACGACGUGGACCUGGAGAAGUUCAACCCCUCCUCAGCCUUUGGGGACAACGGGGCAGAGCCCCAGGGGAGCAAUGGGGACACUCAGGGCUAUGUCUAUUCCCAAUCUGUCGAUAUUACCUCAAGCUGGGACUUUGGGAUCCGAAGACGAUCAAACACAGCUCAGAGACUAGAACGUCUGCGGAAAGAGAGACAAAAUCAAAUAAAAUGCAAAAACGUUCAGUGGAAAGACAGAAAUACUUCUUGCUCAGCAGAGGAGCUGAGCUCACUGUUUGAGAAGAAGAAUUUCAGAGUGAAGUCCCCAUGUUCUGGGAAGCAGUCCAUCCUCUCUGUGCGCCUGGAGCAGUGUCCUCUGCAGCUCAACAACCCCUUCAAUGAGUACUCCAAGUUUGAUGGCAAGGGCCACGUUGGUACAACAGCAACCAAAAAAAUCGAUGUCUACCUCCCACUGCACACGAGCCAGGAGAAGCUGCAGCCCAUGACCGUGGUGACCAUCGCCAACGCCAAGGUGCACGACCUGAUCGGGCUCAUCUGCUGGCAAUAUACAAGUGAGGGACGGGAACCCAAGCUGAAUGACAAUGUCAAUGCCUACUGCCUGCACAUCGCCGAGGACGACGGCGAGGUGGACACCGACUUCCCCCCGCUGGACUCCAACGAGCCCAUCCACAAGUUUGGCUUCAGCACCCUGGCCCUGGUGGAGAAGUACUCGUCCCCAGGGCUGGCAGCCAAGCAGUCGCUCUUCGUGCGCAUAAAUGCUGCUCAUGGAUUCUCACUUAUUCAGGUGGACAGUAUGAAGGUCACCAUGAAGGAUAUCUUACAAAAGGCCUUAAAGAGAAGGAAGGGAUCACAGAGAGGCUCAGGUCCUCAGUAUCGGCUGGAGAAGCAGAGUGAACCUAAUGUCCCAGUAGAUUUAGACUGUACCUUGGAGAGCCAGAGCACUUUGGAAUUCUGCCUUGUCCGGGAGAACAGUUCCAGAGGAGAAGAGGUGUCAGAGGAGGAUCCCCAGAUCGAUAUUGCCACGGUGCAGGACAUGCUCAGCAGCCACCACUACAAGUCCUUCAAAGUCAGCAUGAUCCACCGGCUGCGCUUCACCACGGACGUGCAGUUAGGUAUUUCUGGAGACAAGGUAGAGAUAGACCCUGUUACUAAUCAGAAGGCCAGCACUAAGUUUUGGAUUAAGCAGAAACCCAUUUCAAUCGAUUCUGAACUCCUCUGUGCCUGUGACCUUGCGGAAGAAAAAAGCCCAAGUCAUGCAAUAUUUAAACUUACAUAUCUAAGCAAUCAUGACUACAAACACCUUUACUUUGAAUCAGAUGCUGCUACUGUCAAUGAAAUUGUACUGAAGGUUAACUAUAUUCUAGAGUCACGAGCAAGCACAGCCAGAGCAGAUUAUUUUGCUCAGAAACAAAGAAAACUGAGCAGGAGAACAAGCUUUAGCUUCCAGAAGGAGAAGAAGUCGGGCCAGCAGUGAGGCCAAGCCUCGAGGAGAGCCCAUGUGCCGCUCCCCGCCCGCGCUGCAGCUGGGACUGUGCUGCUCCUGCUGCUGGGACUGUGCUGCUCCUGCACCCAGGGCUGUGCUGCUCCUGCUGCUGGGACUGUGCUGCUCCUGCUGCUGGGACUGUGCUGCUCCUGCACCCAGGGCUGUGCUGCUCCUGCAGCUGGGACUGUGCUGCUCCUGCAGCUGGGACUGUGCUGCUCCUGCAGCUGGGACUGUGCUGCUCCUGCUGCUGGGACUGUGCUGCUCCUGUUGCUGGGACUGUGCUGCUCCUGCAGCUGGGACUGUGCUGCUCCUGCACCCAGGGCUGUGCUGCUCCUGCAGCUGGGACUGUGCUGCUCCUGUUGCUGGGACUGUGCUGCUCCUGCAGCUGGGACUGUGCUGCUCCUGCACCCAGGGCUGUGCUGCUCCUGCAGCUGGGACUGUGCUGCUCCUGCUGCUGGGACUGUGCUGCUCCUGCACCCAGGGCUGUGCUGCUCCUGCACCCAGGACUGUGCUGCUCCUGCACCCAGGGCUGUGCUGCUCCUGCUGCUGGGACUGUGCUGCUCCUUCUGCUGGGACUGUGCUGCUCCUGCAGCUGGGACUGUGCUGCUCCUGCACCCAGGGCUGUGCUGCUCCUGCAGCUGGGACUGUGCUGCUCCUGUUGCUGGGACUGUGCUGCUCCUGCAGCUGGGACUGUGCUGCUCCUGCACCCAGGGCUGUGCUCUCCUGCACCCAGGGCUGUGCUGCUCCUGCUGCUGGGAUUGUGCUGCUCCUGCACCCAGGGCUGUGCUGCUCCUGCACCCAGGGCUGUGCUGCUCUUGCUGCUGGGACUGUGCUGCUCCUGCUGCUGGGAUUGUGCUGCUCCUGCACCCGGGACUGUGCUGCUCCUGCACCCAGGGCUGUGCUCUCCUGCACCCAGGGCAGCCAUGGCCAGUGAGGAAUCGGAACCAUCCCGUCUCUCACGGCUGGAAGAUCAUCCCUUGUCCAUGAUGGGACGUCUCCCCUGUGACAGAAAUAAAGAGCCAUAUCAGCUGGAAAGAAGACUGUUACGCUUCAGGUUCCUUUGAUUAGAAAUACGAGAAUGACGUAGACUGGCAUCAUUUAAUUACUGUAUUAUGUACAAUCACAAGAAGAGAUGUGAUUACAUAUUAUUUCACAGCCUGGUUAAAAUAAAUUAUAUACAUCUGUAAUCCACCCACGUACACGCAGGUAUUGCUUGUGACAUGAUCAAAUUUCUAAAAACAAAAUGUAGGACAAAUGUAUCCAUUUUUACUAUUAAUAAACAGAUGUAAUCUUUUUCAAGGUC